UUAGUUCCACAAGUCUCUCCAGAUAGCAACCAUUUACUUAAUAGUUGUUGCAGUGUACCGUUGAUGUUUGAUAAAAAUCUUUAUUGGUUGAAUUUUUAUGACUACCUCCAUUGCGACCACUUCGAAACACUGUAUUCGAUAUUGAAUUUUAAACAUAAUUAGCUCGUAUUCGACUUUAUCAUGUGAAAAUGAUUAUACUCUAAACGAAGAAGAAUGAACAUCAGGUAAAUCGUAUAAUACACAAAUUGAUCGUUCUUAUAAGUAUUGAGUGAGCAAAACACAAAUAAUUUAAACUUUGUUAUCUAAAUACACGGUAAAUCGAGUACAUUAAUCGUGUGCGUUAUUGACUAUGUUUUGAUAUUAUGUUGUUUAAUUUAAAUUUAUUAUUAUUAUUUAAUUACCUAUUGUAAUGUAAAUAUAACUCUUAUCCAGCCGUAAGGUGUUUGGUUGUCGACCGUUAGAGUACAUGUCGUCCGUCAUGAACGUUUCUGCUGCCGCUGUUGCUUUUCGCCUUAUCGGCGUUACACAUUCACUUCGCACGCUCACGCCAUGUCGCACACGUCUUUGGUUGCCGUUCCGCGUCGCUGUCAACCGGUCGGUCUUUAUUUACUUUAAGAUAUUUCUCAAUAACAUUGGAAAAAAAAAGAAAGAAGAAAAAAACGGGACUGAAGGAAAUACGACGUUGAUAACGAAAUCAUCCCUUAUUUGAUAGAACAUUUUUGGUCGAAAACAACUUAUGGAUCAGUCAUUCGUGAGCCUUUAUGGCGAUAAUCGUAUAUUUAGUGUUGUGGGGCAUUUGCUUAUUGUCAGUUGAAGGAAGGUACACCAUGUGCAUGGCAGACCGAUGUUGUUUGCGUAAUUCAACAGGUGCGUGGCCGCAUAAAAUCGAAUUGUACUGUUUAGGUGUCGAUAAUAUACCAGUUGUCUAUGAUCAAUCUAUUAAUAUAUUAACACUAGAAGAAUCUAAUAUAAGAGAGUUUACUGGAGACUCGAUAUCCUUAUACAGACAAAAUAUUACAGAUAUAAUUUUGAGCAAUUUAAAAAAUCUUGUGACCAUGGGCUCUUCGGCGUUUAAAAAUAUAACUGGAUUGCAAUCAUUGUAUAUAACACAAGCAAUUUCGUUAAAAGAAUUACCAGCUGAUAUAUUUCAUGAUAUUCCUAAAUCAUUUUUAGUAUUACGAAUAAAGAAAGCUAAUCUUAACAAAAUACCAGAUUUAUCACACCUCGGAAGUUUAACUCCUAUGCACACCAUCGAAUUCGAAGGGAACAAGUUAUUCACACUGCCAACAAAUGCAAUUAAAACUAGAGCAGAACAGUUAUUAUUGGAGUACAACAGCAUUUUUGAAAUACAAAAUUGGGCAUUCAAUGGUUCGGAAAUAGCAAAACUAAGUCUCAAAGGAAACUAUUUGACAUCUUUACAUGAUCACAGUUUUGAAGGAAUCACAAAUUUAUUAUCAAUCGAUUUAUCAGAUACUGCCAUGCAAAUUUUACCAACUUUAGGAAUGAUGAGUAUUGAAAAACUUUGGAUUGAAAAUACACCGUCUUUAACAAAAAUACCGUCAAUUUAUUCUUUUGGGAACUUAAAAGAAGCUUACUUGACAUAUUCUUUUCAUUGUUGUGCUUUUCAUUUUCCCGCCAAACAUGACUAUUCUACGGAUUCUAUAGUUCAAGCAAAUAUUCAAACUAUUCAAAAAAAUUGCGAAAAUUCAAGAAUUUCAAAUGAAGUUUUAGUGAAUCCAACAAUGACUAAUUGGAAAACUGACGACAUUGAUAAUUAUGAUGACGAAUUUUUUCACGAGCCAGCUAAAUCAACGGGAAAUUUAGACGUCGUGUGUGGCAAUAUAACGCCAAUAACUAAACUGUCAGUAAAAUGUUUGCCGCGUCCAGACGCUUUAAAUCCAUGCGAGGACAUAAUGGGAUUUUAUUGGCUACGGUUAUGUGUAUGGUUAGUCGGAGUAACAGCAUUGCUAGGAAAUAUGGUCGUACUACUAGUAAUGAUUCGUAAAAGAGCAAACAAAUCUGUUCCGAGAUUUCUAAUGUGCAAUUUAGCAUUUGCUGACUUUUGUACAGCUAUUUAUUUAUUGUUAUUGGCAUGGCAAGAUUUACAAUCGAGUGACAAGUAUUUCAAUUAUGCUUAUCAUUGGCAAACAGGUGUCGGUUGUAAAGUAGGAGGAUUUCUUACUGUUUUUUCAUCGCAACUUUCAGUGUUCGCUUUGUGUUUGCUGACGAUAGAACGAUGGUUUUCUAUUAGAAGAGCUCUGUACACUAACAAACUGACAUUCCCUUCAGCUGUCAAGAUAAUGGCUAUCGGUUGGGUGUAUUCGUUGGCAAUGGCCAGCUUACCUCUGAUGGGUAUAUCAAGUUACUCGACAACAAGUAUUUGUUUGCCGAUGGAUGCAACUCAAUUGAGCAGCGUGUGUUAUAUAUUUACUCUACUACUAUUCGCCAGUGGUGCGUUCGUGUUGAUGCUCUUCUGUUAUGUGCAAAUUUAUACGUCGCUUAGCUACGAGACCAGACAUGCCUCAGGUGAAGCUUGUAUUGCCCGCAAGAUUUUUAUUUUAGUGGGCACAAAUUUUGCCUGUACAGCUCCCGUUAUAUUUUUUGCUUUCACUGCCUUGCUUGGUUUCCCCCUGAUCGAUGUUACAAAGUCGAAAAUUCUGUUGGUCUUCUUCUAUCCAAUCAACUCGUGCGCAAAUCCAUUCCUGUAUACGAUUCUCACCACCAGUUUUCGUCGGGAUAUCGUGUCUACAUUUACGAAGUUUGGUUUGUGUUCAAAUAACGAAAAAAAAUAUAAGGUCAUCUACUCGACUCAGACCAACAACACUCAUCGAGUUACUCCUGUUCAUCGGCCGAUUUCGACUUCACAGCAAGGAUAAUUUAAAUAUGAUUUAAAAAUUAAUUUAUUAUAUUAAAUAAGAGAAAGACUGAAAAAAAUGUUUCUACAAUGUUAUUGUGAAUUUUUAAAAAUUAUUAUGAUAGGUAUUCUUGUCAUCGUAAUCAUUUAUUGUAUAAUUGUUGAAUUCCGAAUGUAUUAUUUUAAAUCGAGUUUUUAAAAAAUUAAUAGUUAUAAGUAAUUGAUACAAAUUAAGUUUAUUAAAGAACUACUAACCAAAAGUAUUUGUGUCAUUUAAUUUUGACGCUAAUAUUUGUAAAAGUCGUCAUUAUACUUUAACCAUUACCAAUUAAAAUUAUUCCUUAAGUUUAAGAAAAUUUCAUUAGUAUUGGUUCGUUUUAAUAAGGCCAUAAUGUAAUUAUAUGUUAAAAUGGUUUUAUUUGAUGAGAAUAUUUAUUCUUAAGAUAACCGUAAUUAGGAAAAUUGUGUAGAUUCAUGGCGUGUUUUUUUUUAUUUAAAGUAUGGCAAAUUUAUUAAGAAAAUUAAACAAAAAUUGUAAUCACAUUUAUUAAAUG